AAGAUCCAUAACACAGAGGAUACAACUGUCGCUCGUCGUUUUGUGUGAACGUUAAGUUAGUGCGGCUCUGUACAUAACCUGAAGACAACUGGGCUACUAACUUUGGUCUUUCCUGGACUGGCGAAUUUCCGAGGUCUUUUUCAUGUAUUGGAAAAAUGAAGUUUUGGCCCCUCUACCUGAGGGAAAUAAAUUUCUAUCCGAAGGAAUUCCAGUGAAACAGGUCAUUUCUCCAGGAACACAGAGUACACCGGGAGCUUCGCUCUGUUUGGAAGCCAAACACGCGCAGAUAAUGUCUCACUCCGAUGGAGAAUCUCACAGGUCGAAUAUGGAAAAGGACGACGCGCGCUCUUCCCCGAGUCCUCCGUCGACUCCGUCCGUAUGUUCUCCUACAUCUUCUUCGUCCUCUGUGCCAUCCACCGGGAAGAACGUGUGCGCAAGUUGCGGAUUGGAGAUUCUGGACAGAUACCUUCUCAAGGUGAACAACUUAAUCUGGCACGUGAGGUGUCUGGAGUGUUCAGUCUGCAGGACGUCGUUGCGUCAGCACAGCAGCUGCUACAUCAAAAACAAAGAGAUCUUCUGUAAAAUGGACUAUUUCAGUAGGUUUGGGACAAAGUGUGCCCGCUGCGGACGGCAGAUCUAUGCCAGCGACUGGGUGAGACGGGCACGGGGCAACGCCUACCACCUGGCCUGCUUCGCCUGCUUCUCCUGCAAGAGGCAGCUCUCCACGGGGGAGGAGUUUGGCUUGGUGGAGGAGAAAGUGCUCUGCAGGAUCCACUACGACACCAUGGUGGAGAACCUCAAGCGGGCAGCGGAGACGGGGAGCGGCAUCACCCUGGAGGGCGCGGUCCCAUCCGAACAGGACAGCCAGCCAAAACCGGCCAAGAGAGCACGCACCUCCUUCACUGCCGAGCAGCUGCAGGUGAUGCAGGCCCAGUUCGCGCAGGACAACAACCCCGACGCCCAGACGCUGCAGAAGCUGGCGGACAUGACGGGCCUGAGCAGGCGGGUGAUACAGGUCUGGUUUCAAAACUGCAGAGCAAGACACAAAAAGCACACACCCCAGCACGGCGGACCCCCCCAGGGCCACCCCCAGUCUCGGAUGCCCCCCUCCCUCCCGGACGACCUGCAUUACUCUCCCUUUGGCAGUCCAGAGAGAGCGCGGAUGGUGGCUCUGCACGGAUACAUUGAGAGUCAUCCCUUCUCCGUGCUGACCGCCCAGACGCUCCCUCACCAGGCCAUGGCGUUGCCCCAGCUGCCCCUCAGCCGCUAGCACCACCCUCCCCCAAUCCUGACCCCUUCAGCCCGGCCCUGACCCCAGGAAACGGAGGGCAGCUCCGGCUCAGCGACAGACAGGAAAGAUGUCCGCCGUCUCCGGCCUGGCCUCGCACUGGGGCUCUCCUCUGCACUCGAGCUUCGCAGGAAAGGACCUCUUCUCCCCACGUUUGGGCAGACAGGAGGAAUUCCCCCCACCGAGUCUGCCUUUGGUUUCAAUUUGGGAAGAAACGCCACUGGUGAAACUGGAACUCCUUCCCACAAGGCCAAGGAGUCUACGCCUCUGCACUGAGUACCGCUUUUCUCUUGUCUUGCCGUGCACGUCCAGCCUGGGAUCCUUUUCAGCGUCUUGUGCCCUAUACUACUCGGACUCUGCUGUGGAGAGAGGACACGCCUACAGACAGGUCUGGAGAUCACUGUUUCAAGUGAGCUCUCAGUACACCAACAAAUAACCAACCAAGAGAAAGAAAGAGAAUUGCGAUGACACGAGGCUCAGUUUGGCUCAGCAUUGGACACAGGUAAGAAAAUGCCCCUCUCUUUCUCUUUGGAACAAAAAAAAAAACAACAAAAAAACACUUUUUUUAUUGGAACUCGUUUUUUGAGUGUGACGACACCGUUAGAGAAUUGUGGAGCAUCAGAUUACAUUAAAUGUUGCCUUAGACAUCAAUGGGACAAACGUCAGGUGGAAAUAAACACAGUACGGACAGGACACAGGCUUUUUUGUUUGUGUAUAAUAUAGUGCAUAGGCUUAGUCAAUAUAAUUUCACAUUCCCCCCCACCACUGGACACCUCACUCGCAAAGCUGGAGCCACCACCGAUCCUCCACAUGCUUACCAUUACAGUCCCCAUAUUUCUCUUCUGCACUGGAAUGAAAACAAAGCCGUGUUUGGGCCCAUGACAGUUUGUUGAGGGUACUGAAAUGUGCUGUUUGUAGGCCGGUAAACAGCUGGCAGACCGAGGGCAUAUGAUAAAAAGGCUGCCUGUUUCAACUCAAUCUAUUUGGCAUUUCCCUACUUUUUUUUUAUUCGAAGCUGAAUAUUGUUAUUCAGUGGAUUCGAUUUGUUGACAAACCCAGUACCUGUGAUUUGAAUGAUCGGGUCACUUCUCAAUCCCUGGGACCCGUAGAACAGCUCUGGAUUUUAAUUUAUUUGUGCAUUUUGCUUAAACCUUGGUGAAUUUUCACAUUUCAGGGCACUAAGGACACAGCCUUUUCUACUUCCUGUCAGCUGUUUUCUUAUUGCAUUCAGCUGCCAUCUGAGGGAAACGAAUCAAAUUAGGCAAAUAAAUGCAUUGUUGGUUACUGCGGUAACCAAGACAAAUGACAAGUGACUGCAAAGCUCACUAAAAUUGUAAACAAAUAUUGAAAUAUUUAUCAUCUGUAUUCUGAAAUACAUUUAUUGAUCGAAAAAUUAAAGGAAUUACAAAGAAAUUUAACCACAGGGAUUGAGGACCAUGACCAUUAAAAGGGAUUACAGUAGGACGAUUUAACUAAACGUUUUGUGAAUGCGCUACACGCUAAUGUUAUAGAAAAUAAUAGAUUUUGCUCUAGAAACGAAUCAACUAUUGUGCAAAGAUGGCUACCUUCCAGUAUGAUCACUCCAUCACAACAAAAUUAAGCCCACUUACAGAUAAUGUGAAUAAAUGGCAAAUAUUUAUCAAUUUGCUUUUGUUGUUUUUUCACUUAUGGUACAUUUCAUCAACAACAGGAAAUGCAAACCUGGUUAACAUUACAUGCAUCUUCUGAACCGUCUCCAAGUCAAUUUGUUUAUUUUAUUGUUCUGAGUAGGAAGAUGUCCUGUGUCUAGUCAUGAUAUCUAUGAAAAUUUAGAUUUUGCUCCUUUGAUUUUUUUUCUAUUGUAAAAAACUGUAAUGGAAAACAAGGUGUUUUACUCGUUGGACAUCAUAGAAAAUGCUAAUUACCAGCCCGUUAUCAUUCCACAAAGCUCUAAGUGUCCGAAAUGAAAUGUUGUGUAUCUGUGCGUGGUUUUACAUGUGUCUGUGCACACGUGUGUGCAAGCAGAGUGCAAUUCACACAUAACAGAAUUUAAAGCAAAUCAAAAGUAACGUCAUAUCAAUGAGUCGAUGCUGAUAUAUUGCUUGUAAUUGUUCAAUGUUAAAAUGCAGCAAUGCCCAAGCGGAGCAAGCUUUCAGUGGACUAUUUACAGACCAUAACAGAACAGGGGACAUUUCAUCUCUGAGAGUAUUUACUAUUCAUCCACCGCUCAUCAUUUAAACUUAGUUUCAAUCAUGAGAAUAUGGCCACAACAUGGGAAAAAACUGCAAAAAUGGGAACCACUGUAAAUAUAAUCUAAAUGGAUUUACUGUGAAAAUAUCAGCAAAAUCGAAUCGCUAGGUAACAGCUGUGGCCCAAUAUUGAACGGAUGGAAUCAUCAGGAAGGAACAGGAUUAUUUUGAGAACUAGGUGUGAAUAUUCUCUAUGUAAUGCACACAUUAGUGGGAGAACCCAACCAAAAUAAGUAAGCAAGAUAAGUAUAGAUGUUUAAAAUGGUGAGUGUGGGCCUAAACAGGCAUUUGGCUGCUGCUCUCAGAAUCGACAAAUCUUUACAAACUGCAGCUGUUUCUGAUGCUUUUCCUACUGGUUUUUGGACAUUCUUGUGAUGCUUUCAAACUAGGACAUUUUCAGUGCCUUAUUUAUUAAAUUAUUCAAAAACACAUUCUAUUUGUUCGCAUCUCUGAAUAAACAGCAACGGACUCCAUACUAGCAUGAAGCACAGGACAAUUGCGAGAAGUAAUAUAUGUUUACAUAAAUAUGAAAUCAGACAUCACAAGGCUUAUCUAUUUUAUGUGUGAAAAUAUGAGUCAUUUAUUAGAAUAUAUGAAGUGCUGAAAUUUCAUUUAAAUUAUUGCAUUAUGAAUGUAUUAUGCAGUGAAUUAUAAUUUUCCAAUAAGACACUUGUGAAAAGUGAAAUAUGAAAGUAUCAAUAAUUUAUAUAUUCAGUAUUUGGCUCAUAAUUCAACAUAUAUUCAAAUUAGUAACAAAACUAUUAUAUUUAUUAAUAUUCAACAUAUGUUACUUUUGAUUUGGGAUGAACUUGGGAGUGCAGAGAUCCCAUCUCAGAGAGAGAGAGAGAGAGAGAGAGAGAGAACUGUGUGAUGACAGAUAGCAACUCCAUGAACAUUCUCACAUAGAGAGAAAGAAAGAGAGAGUGUGCGAGAGACAGUGAGAGAAUGUGUGUGUGAGAGAGAGAGCAAAGCUGAACUCAACAUAAAAUAAAGCCUUCCUUCUCGUUUUUGAUUCAGAAUUGAUUGAAACACCAUUGCAUGUAGGUAUACGUAAGGCAUUUUUUUUAUCACAUCACAAUGGCUUUUGUUAAUUUAUGUCUUGGUGGGAUUUUGAAUGGGUCGUUCCCUGAAGUGUCUUUCCUGUUUGCCUCAUCCCCGGUGGGGAAAGUGGUACAACGACAGAAGAGUGGGAUGUACAUAGAUGUUUAUGGCAGUCUGUGUGCCAAAGGAACCACGUUGUGUGAAACUGUAUCAUUGUGUCUUGGCUGUGGAGUGAGAAAUAUGAUCCUGUGUUUACGAGGGGAGACAAGGCCUCAACGUUCCUGUAUUUAUUGAGACUGAAAAUAGCCUGUAAGCACUUUUUUUCCACAAAUGUCUGUUUUGAUAAUAAAAAAAAAAGGUAAUUCCAUUUAUUGUGCAUUAUAAAUGUCUUUUGUGUACUAAA